AUGUCUAACUUAACCGAUGAAUAUCGCAUAAACAUCAUCAAUAAUGUAUCCUCCCAAAUCAAUCGUUAUUUAACAUUAUUCAUUUUUCUUUUCGGUAUAAUUGGAAGUUUGUUGAAUCUCGUUGUACUCUCUCAACCAGUUCUACGUGGAAAUCCAUGCGUCGUCUACUUUCUGGCUUCGUCUGCAUUUAGUCUCGGAAUUCUCCUCGUUGGCCUUCCGUCACGUAUAAUCAGUGGAUUGAUAGGAACAGAUCCAACCAACACAAACUCCUGGUUUUGUAAAUUUCGUCUGUUUUUUCUUUAUUCGUUUCGAACAACAUCGGCUUGGUUGAUUGUCUUCGCCGCUUUCGAUCGAUGGUGUUCAAGCAAUAGAAAAGUUUAUCAACGUCGUUUUAGUUCAUGUCAAAUUGCUUAUAGAAGUAUCCUUAUCAUUUAUUCUUUAUCGUUCAUUCUCUGGUUCGAAGGGUUCUUUUGUUACGAAGCCAAUUUGACAACCGCACCAGUGAAAUGUUAUGCAAUUCCAUCAAUUCUUAUGCUUAUUUUCGGAUCUUUAACCAUUCGAAACAUUAAUCAAAUUCGACGAGCUAUUGAACCAUUUGUAGCUCGUAUUUCCACAAUUUCUCAUACCAGUCGAACUCCACGAAGUCUUGUUCGACGUAGCGAAAGUUCUCUAACUCGAAUGCUGCUUUUCCAAGUUUGUCUUCUAACAGUUUGUUCGAUCCCACAAGCAAUGCACCAGUUCUACUUAACAUUUACCAUUGACGUUCAAAAAAGUCCAUUACGUCUUGCAAUCGAGAAUUUUAUUGUCAAUCUCAAUUUUUCGUUGACAUACAUUGGUAAUGGAAUGGCAUUUUAUAUUUAUACGCUUAAUGGGACUGUUUUUCGACAGACAUUGAUUCGAUUGAUUAACAGAUGUUCAUUAAUUCAUCUAGCACGAGCAACAAAAAAAAACUAUUUUUGUCGAGUUGUUCGUCUAUUCUUCUCUCUUUCUCGCUGCGAGCACAUACGAUUAGCGUCCAUUCAUUCGUGCUUCACUCAUCGUCUUCAUAAUUUCAAUAAACUUUAG